AAAAUGAACAACCUGCGAGCAUUCAAACCUCUACCCUUUGAUAAACCUCACAUUAAACCCCAAACUCAUCAGAAAACCCAAAAAAUCCCUAAUUUCGCCAACCCCAGUCCAAAAAAUACCUAACCGCACCAGCCCAACCUCAAAAGAACAGUUUCCUUAUCUUCCACAAAACCAAACAAAAGAAGCUUUCAAACUCAUCAAGGAAAAGGAAAUAAAACCCAAAAAUGAACAGAAAACCUUUAAUUCUAUCGAUAUGAGGACCCGUAACCAGUUCCGAAAUACAUAUGUUAAUCAAAAUCAGACUUUUACACGAGUAAAGAAUACUUCGAUUCCCAGGCCAGAGCGCAUAAAUCAGAGCGAUAAGUUCCUUAACGCUCGAAUGUCUGCCAAGUACACUCAGAACAAAAGAAUUUUCCGUAGCCCUGGAGCCCCCGCUAGGAAUGAAUUUAUUCAAAAUACAUCAAUUAAGGAAGAAAAAUCUAACCAGAAGUCUUCAUUCUGAAGAGACAGGAAUCUCAUGAAUGGAUUUUUCAGUCCAAAGCCGAAAUAUCAAAGUAUUUUCUUUGUGGACCUCAAGAAGAAGUCUCAAGAGAAGGGAAGAAGGAAGUUCAAAUUGAGAAAGAAGGACUCCUCUUGAGUGCUGACAAAGUCAUCUCUAAGUGACUCAAAUGAUAGCAUGGUUAUGGGGAAAAGAGAGAAGAAGAAAUCAACAUUCAGCAAGUUUGUCAACUGACCCAGGAUGAAUACUCAAAGGAUAAGUAAAUUAGUUCAGAGACAGCACAACUCAAGGAACAGGAAUGCUUCCAUGAGCUCGUAUAAUCCUAUUGAAUCAGAUAGAAUGCUAUCACCAAUCGCGCAGAAGGAAGAGCAUUUUUCACCAUCAAGGAACAUAAUCCCUCUGAAUAUUUCAGAUCAGAUGACCAUUACUCAUAAGAUCCGCCAACUCAACAUGAGGAAGAAGAUCAAGCAUCCAGAGGGAGACACUAAGGUAGACCAACUUCUUCGAACAAUGGUCCUUGAGAAUGAGCACAAGGAAGAAAUCGAAUCGAAAAAGAGGCUCAGUAAGAUACAGCUCAUGGCGCUUAUCAAGAAACGCAAAAACUCUAUUGUCAAGAAGUACCUCGGCAUUGAUUAGAUUUCACAUUGAUUCAAAGAAUUCUAUGGACUUUUGAAUGGAAAUUGAGGUGCUUUUUGGAGAUUUAAAGCAAACAAAUGCAAAAGUAAGAUGGGUCAUUGUAUUAGAGCUCCAUGUUGAAUAUUUGGAUUUUAACACAAAAAGCUCUAAUCCAGAGUUCUUUAUUUUAAUUCAAAGAUCUCUACAUCCCAUAUUUACUCUGCAAACUAACUGAGUCCUCAUUCCUUCCAUAAAGACACCAAGAAUUUUCCUCUGGAACUAAUCAUUGAUAAAAAUUUCCAAAAUUUCCAUCCCAUCUUGCCAAAGACUAUCCUAAAUCAUC